AUGGUGGAAACGCACCUGUCCACUUCAUCGGGGAGGGGCGUCUUCCGGGUGAGAGUGCUGCCGACAGGGGAGCCAGGAGCAGUGGAGAUCUCUCCACCGAUAUCCCUCUCGAUCCAGGAAACGCACCUGUCCACUUCAUCGGGGAGGGGCGUCUUCCGGGGGCAGGUGAUCACCGUCAACCGCACCGCCGGCGAGGUCGAGGUCGGCACCUGCGAGGGGCUCAAGAAGAACGCGGAGCUGGGGAUCGACAUCUCGAUCGUCGUCACCGCGAACCUCCGCUGCGUCGACGCCAUCACCCUGCCGGCCGGGGUGGAGGUGUCGAUAGGGUCCGCUCCCGACGAAAAUUUCCUCGUAGCUGUCGCGGAGGACUUCCUUGUGCCCGACCCGACCUCGGCAUCCCUCCUUGUCAACCCGGAGGGGUCGUACCUAGCGCUGGACAGGCUGACGUUCGCGAACGAGGCAGGCGUCCUGGGGUCGCCGGGCGAGGUCCGAGCGGUGUGGAACGCAGGUCAGCUGGAUGUGGACGGCUGCGUGUUCGAGAGCCUGAGCUUUUCGAGCCAGCAGGACGGCGGCGGGAUCUACAGCAUGGCGGAGCCGGGGAGCGGAAGCAGCGCGUUCGUGAGCGUGAGAAACUCCACCUUCAUCGGCAACGUCGCGGAAAACCACGGAGGCGCUAUUUCCUCCUGGGGGCAGGGAGAGCUGGAAGUGAGCAACUGCAGCUUCGUGGGCAACGAAGCCGUCGGGGCGGGCAGCUACAGGCGGGCGGGAGCCGGGGGUGCGGUGUAUGCAUCCCCGGGGGUAUUUGUUACGGUUCUCAACAGCAGUUUCGAGGGAUGCCUGGGCCGUUACGGCGGCGCGGCGCUGUUCGCGUGCGGCGCGAACAUCUACGAGUCCACGUUCGACAGCAACGAGGCCACCGGACUCUUCGGCGCCAUCGUUAACGGAGACCUCUCGGACGAGGAACGGGCUAACGCCACGCUUUCGCUGGGAGGAGGCGGGCAGAGCGGCAACUACACGUGCCCGCCCUUGUUCGUGUCCGGCACGAUGUUCGAAAGCAACAGCGCGUCGACGGGGUACGGCGGAGCCAUCGCGUCCGUGGACUCGUCGCUGUCGGUGUUCAACUCGUCCGUGUUGAGCACGCUUGGAGGCGGCAUCUACUUCGGGACUUCGGACGACAGCGGUCGGGAUCAGCUGGAGCUGGAACUCCUCCAGUUCAACUGGAACGGCGGGUCCUCCUCCAGCCCCGACCUCGUCGGUUCGGCUUUGCUGCUGGAGAGGACGGGUACCCCAGCCUCGAACACCACGGGGCCCCUAGAGCAAGUGGACCCUUCGACGUCCUCGGCUUCGUCUUCGUCGGUUGCGACCGCGGCGUUGCAAACGGUCGGUGGCUCUUCCUCCUCCUCCUCCGCCGCCGCCACCGCCGGCUCGACCCUCGUCGGUGUCGCCAGGGACAUCUACUGCUUCCAGAACGACCCUUACGACUGCGAGGCGUACUUCGGCGACAGCGACGGCGAGAUCGCGGUGCAGCUCACGGGCACGGUGCGGUGCAACGCGUGCCAGGGCUCCGCCUUCACCGGGAUAGGGAGCGCGGCGGGGGCGCCCACGCCGGCCCCGAUCGUCGCCGAUGAUGACGACGGGCUCUCCCAGAUGGGGCAGGAGCGGGCCCAGGGCGGAACCCCGUCCCCAGCGGGCGUCGACGGCAGCAGCAGCAGCAGCAGCGGCGCCGGCAGCGGCUUGGGCCUCGUGCCCGAGGAGGAGAGCGAGCCGGAUCUGCUGGGCACGACGGGGACGAUGAGGAGGAAGGGCCGGGGCGAGAGAGCGUUGGAGCUGGCGGGCGGCGGAGGCGGUGAUGCGGAGGAGGGGAGCACGUCCGCCAUGGUCGGCCCCCGCCCGCUGCCUACGCCAGCUGCCGCCGACGAUACGGCAGAGAGGGGCCUCCGGGGGACAAACAACGGCAACGGGUUCGGCAACGGCGGCGGCAGCAGCAAGAGUCAGCACGAGUUUUGGGCCACCUCGCCGGGCACUUCCGCCGCCGUCAACGUUAACGGCGAGCAGUCGCAGUCGCGGUCGGGCUCGCGGCGAGCGGUCGCUGGGGCUGCUGACCCGUCGAGCUCGAGCUCGAGGCGGCCGAGCGGGACGGGGUCGUCGCGGUCUAGCUCCCGGCGACCCAGCGGAGCUGGUGACUUGUCAAGGUCCAGCUCUCGGAGGCCGAGCGGGAAGGGGGAAGACGGCGGUGGGCGCGACCCUCGCCGAGAAACGGUAGACUCCGCCGUCGCCGUCGUCAACGUCGAGACGCCGCUUUCCUCGGAGCUCAGGGAGCUCGAGCUCGCCCGGCAGAGGUCGGUCGAGCUCAAGGCGGCCCGGGAGGAGGAAGGGUGGAUGUCCCCCCCGCUCGUGAGCGCCUGGGGGGAGGGGGCCGUCGUCGGCGGGAACGGCCACGUGGCCCUGUCCGCCCGCAACACGCCGACGAAGCGCGGCUUCGCCGUUCUGCCGGACGACGCAACGGCGGGAGAGGAGAGGAGGGGCAGGCGGGGGUCGAGGAGGUCGGAGGCGGCGGCGGCGGCGGCAAGCCGUCGUGGCGGCGAGUCUUCGCCAUCGGAGAGGCCGAAGCGCAACCAUUCCUCCGCGGAGGCGGCGGAGGCCGCCGCCGUCUCGGUGUCGGUGCCCAGGGGGAUGAAAGGCCGGAAGAGCAGGAGCGCGGGGAAAUCCAGAAGCGGCGCGCGCCCGUUCGGCGGCGGGCGAGAAGACGACGAAGAUGAGGAUUCGGAGGUGCCGGCACCGAGCAGGGGCAUGAAGGACAGGAGGAGCAAGAGCGCGGACAAGGCGAUCGGGCACGCGUUCGCUCCCCAGGACGGGUCGGCCCUGCUGCCCGAGCGCCGGGGGUCUAGGUCGGGUCCGCGGGCCUACGGCAGCGGCGGCCUCACGGCCAACGGGAACCCUAGAAAGAUCAAGCCCCCGGCAACGGGUGGCGGCGGCGACUCGGAUCGCUUCACGCCUUCCAGAGAGACAAGCACGGGCAGGGCCCUCGCCCGCGCCGUCAAGACCCCCGCGGGCGGCGCCCGCCUGCCGAUCAGCGUGGCGGCUGCGGCGGGCGGUGCUUCGGUCGGGCCGCCCCGUGGGUUCGGGUCCACCUCCACCUCCACCGCCGCCGCCGAUGCCGCGGGGGCGGCGGCCGAGCUGGGGCGGCGGCAGCGGGGCGGGGAGGCCGCCGCCGUCGUAUCGGCGGAGGUGGUUCGACCAGAUAUCCGUUGCGUGCUGCUCGCCGCAUGGUCGAUCGGCCACGCGGUCGAUCGGCUACCGCAUGCGCACCACUGUGUCCGGCGCAAGAACGUCCUUUUCUGGAUUAUUAUAUUCAUACAAGUAGUACCAGGUAUUUGUAAGUGUGGUUCGGCGGCGUAGGUUGUGGUGGAUCAGUACGGUCGUGUCCGGUGGAGGUGAAGGUGUUCUCUUGGGGCCGCACGGCGGUUCUUCGGUGAUUUCUCGUCUCGUGGGUAUUGCUUGAAUCGUGGGAGGCGCUUUGCUGUUGGCGCGGCCGCGCCGCUCUUUUCAUGUUUUUUGUAGAACGGAGGUAAGCUUCGUGUAUGUGUGCGUUGUUCAUAUUUCGGUUUCAUAUUUUUUCUUCGUUUGGAUGGUUUUUUGAAUUUGUUUCUACCCGCUGGCGUGAUGGUAACGCGGAGCCUCUUUUUUUUUGGUUCCGUGCGCUUGUAGGAGUUAGACAUUAAUAGUAGGUGGUGCCUCGGGGCUGCAUGAGCACCCGCGUGAGUUUUAAAGCAACGCGCUCGUACAUUAUUGGUGCAUCACUGUUGCGCGAGGGUAGCUUGAUUGUUGGUGCGUUGAUUUUUGCUACCACGUUAAUAUAUUUCUGGUGCGAAGGACUGGGCGGCGUUCUGGUUUUGUUUUCCUUUAAGGUGGCGGUGGAUUGCCGCAAGAACGGUGUUCUUUAGUUGCUAAUCU